AUGAGCCAUGCCUACUCAAAACUCGUACUCGUAUUUCUCAGCAGGAUCGGAUUCGCUAAUCUUUCGAAAGCAAUCCUUAAUUCCACGACAUCUGCAACCAAACUUGAUGCUGGGACAUCUUUAACCGGUUUUCCCUCGCCGGCGACGAAUACCACGAAUACGAACGCAGCAAUUCAAACCAGCAGUAGGGCAAAUUCGCACUUCAAGCUUCAUGCUGAGAGCUCGGUUACAGGCUUUGAAUCAGAGGGAACGGAACCACCUCGUAGUCUGAAAGAGAGUUCAGCCAUUCAGAGCUCUACAAGUGAAGAGGACGUCGGAGCUGUCCUCACUCGCGUUUUCAACCCCUCGGGUUAUGAAACAUACCUAGUGCACGUGGAGUCAACAGAAAGCGGGUUUGGACCAACUCCCCACAUUGGUGUGCAGAAUCCAGAAACCACCAUCGCGCCUGGAGUUGCCCAAUCUGGCAAAGGGUCACAUCUCGAAAGUACAGCAGCUGGCCUUGGUGAGAAUAACCUCAUUACCAGCCUUGCGUCAGGAACCACGCCUGCGCCAUUAACACCACCGCCUGUCACUCUCGGAGAUCAAAUUUUAAUCCCAGUCCUAAUAACGACUAUUGUAAUAUCAGGCACGACAUUGCUACCAGGUGGUACGACAGCGACUCUCGGCUAUGGCUCAAGCACAACGGCAAUAUAUGUCGAUCUAAGUGGCCAUCCAGUAAUAGCCAUAGGAUCAUUGACGACGACCAUGAAUGGAACCCCAUCAGGACAAAUCACAGUCGAUGGUCAAGUUCUCACGCUAGGUGGCUCUCCUGUAACCAUUGGUUCUGGAGAUGAUCCAACAACUUUCUUUAUCAGCCCUGGGGGCGAAACCAUUGUUGCAGCUCAUGGUGUCAGUUCGACACUCUUUCCACCUGCAACGCAAUCAUUCACAAUAGGCACUUUCACUGUUACAGCUAUUGCAGACUAUCAAUAUACACUUGGUCCGGAAACCCUGCUUCUCGGUCACCCAAUCACUAUGGACGGCACUGUCAUCUCCCUGGCCACCGACUCGGCAGGCUCAACCGUCCUCAUCAUCGGUGGCUCAUCUACAACAACACUUCCAGUCGCGCCACAAACCAUGUCCAGCAACGACCUGAGCAUCUUCACAACGGUAGUCUCAGGAGCUACAGAAUAUAUCAUCGGCUCACAAACCCUGUAUCCAGGCCACCCAAUCACUAUCCACGGCACAGCGAUAUCUAUCAUCACGUCUUCCAGUGCAACAAUGCUUGUUAUUGGUACCUUGACGACCACGAUUAGCCCCAAGCCUACGAUCUCGUCGCCAGUUGCUCUUACGUAUGCGGGUAAGAUGACAUUAACAAAUGUGGCUUCUAUCGGAACGGGAAAUAUAGGCGGUUGGGAGGCAACGGCAACAAGUACGAGAGCAAAGUCGGGUGCCGGAAGAACGAUGAAGAUCCGCGACAACACCCGGUUUAUUCUUUCAGGCAUGCUGGUCAUACUAGGUUAUGGGUGA